GAACGUUCUAAUUUUGCUAGGUUCACACUGCUUGUUAGUUACAUUGUAACUGGUGUUCAAAGGGUAGUCGUCUUUGUGUGCUUCACAGCUGAUAGUGUACUGGUUUUGCCUUGAUGAUGAUGACCACCUAGUUGUUGCCCUGUCCCACUGUGCGAAGAUGGCCAAUCCUUUGCGGGGUGAAGUUGUGCAGUUGUAUAAAAACUUGCUGUACCUGGGAAGGGAAUACCCAAAAGGUGCUGACUACUUCAGAGACCGUCUGAGAGCAGCGUUCAUGAAGAACAAGGAUGUGCAGGACCCGGAGAAAAUAAAAGAACUUGUCAAACGUGGGGAGUUUGUGGUCAAAGAGCUGGAGGCUCUGUAUUUCCUUAGGAAAUAUCGAACCAUGAAGAAACGGUAUUAUGAGGAAGAGUAAUGGACUGGAUAUCAGGUCUUCAACUCAGUUACACAUGUGAACACUAACUACCAUCACUCAUUAAACACGUUUGGGGCACAUUUUUGACAGUAUCUUCUACAAAGACCAAUAAAAUUCAAAGGAUGUCUUGUUGCCCAAAUUAUCUAUGGAAAAAGAGAAGUUCAAUUCACAAGGGAGACAGCAUGCACAAUACAUGAUGCAACCAUGCCUAAAAACCUUGAAUAAAAUUGUUCUGGAAAAAGAA